CCCAAGGGGCCCACGAUGGAUGCGGCCUAGGGGGCGGGGGGAGUCCGGGAACAAUGGGCUUGUCGGCAGAAUCAAUCCGAAGUGUAAUCAGUCGCUAGCACUGUGAACGGCGAUCAGCAAUCGACUUAGUAUUCGGAUAGGCCGGGGUACGGAACCAAAUAUCUGGGUGUCCGGUUAAGGUGUUUGUAAACAUGACCACCCUUACACGACAGGACCUCAAUUUUGGACAAGUUGUUGCAGAUGUACUGUGUGAAUUUCUGGAAGUAGCUAUUCAUAUGAUCCUGUAUGUUCGUGAAGUUUAUCCUAUUGGAAUCUUUCAGAAGAGGAAAAAGUACAAUGUACCUGUCCAGAUGUCGUGCCAUCCAGAGCUUAACCAGUACAUCCAGGACACAUUGCAUUGUAUCAAGCCUCUGAUUGAGAAGAAUGAAGUGGAUCGGAUGGUGGUAGUGAUCCUGGAUAAAGAGCAUCAUCCUGUAGAGCGCUUUGUUUUUGAAAUAUCACAACCUCCUCUCUUGUCUGUCAGCUCUGACUCACUGCUUUCCCGUGUUGAGCAGCUCCUUCGAGCAUCGAUCCUGAAGAUCAGUGUCUGUGAUGCAAUUCUUGAUAGCAACCCACCAGGUUGUACCUUCACUGUGUUGGUUCAUACCCGCGAUGUUGCUACACGAAAUAUGGAGAAAAUUCAAGUGAUAAAGGACUUCCCAUGGAUCCAUGCUGAUGAACAGGAGGUGAACAUGCGAGAGCCACGGCUAAUCCCUUUAAAAACUAUGACAUCAGAUAUCUUAAAGAUGCAAUUAUAUGUUGAAGAGAGAGCUCAGAAAACAUCCUGAUGUCAUUGUGUAUAGAUGAUUUGACAUACAAAAUGAAGAGGAGAUCCCAAUACCUGUACACUGGCUAUAUUUCAUUACUGAAGUGACAUUUGGAGUGGAAGUGAACUUUCAAAGUUCACUAAAUAUGAAACAUUAUUAGGGACCAAUUCCUGAAUUGGUACCUAAGGGUUUUAACCCUUUUAUAAUGUAGUGAUAGUUUGUAGUUGGACAUUGUAUUGUGCUGCAUUAAUUGAGAAAAUGAAAUUUUGUGUAAAUUUUUGGUUCCAGAUCUGAGUUUGAAAUAGCUAUCUCCUGCUUGAUUUGGUGUUGUUUUAACGAUGUAGUAACUUUUAUCUGAAUAGUUCGGAUACCAUUCAUUCAACACUGUACAAAGGCACGAAAUGACUGUCUAGAUUCCGUCCCCCUCCCAAAAUUAACCAUCAGUUUCCACAAUAAGGAAUUGGUCAACUGUGGGAAAGGCUACAGCCAGUACCAAAUAGGAGGGAACAGACCGGAUUAGAGAGACAGAUUAGCGACCAGGAGAGAGCAGAAACAUCAUUUUAUAUGGCGUUCCGAGAAGAAUCGCUGGAUGAAAGGACAUCUUAUAAAUUUUUAAUUAAAGGUUUGAGAAUUGUGUUUUUGUUAUACUUUUAAAAUGCUGAAAAUAAAAUGUUUGCAUAAAGAA